GGCGGAGAGGACACAGGCAGCUGGCGACAGGCCCCCCUCCCCUCCACUCGGCCCCACUGACCGCUGGCGACCAUGGAGCUGGAGGGCCCCAAGGGCACCUCCACCCGCUUCCACCAGCCGCACAUGGAGAGGAAGAUGAGCGCCAUGACGUGCGAGAUCUUCAAUGAACUCCGGCUGGAGGGGAAGCUGUGCGACGUGGUCAUCAAGGUCAACGGGUUGGAGUUCAACGCCCACAAGAACAUCCUGUGUAGCUGCAGUUCCUACUUCAGAGCUCUGUUCACCAGCGGCUGGAACACCACGGAAAAGAGGGUUUACAACAUUCCCGGAGUCCCCCCGGACAUGAUGAAGCUGAUCAUCGAGUACGCCUACACCCGCACGGUGCCCAUCACCCCGGACAACGUGGAACGCCUGCUGGCCGCCGCAGACCAGUUCAACAUCAUGGGCAUCGUGCGCGGCUGCUGCGAGUUCCUCAAGUCGGAGCUCUGCCUGGACAACUGCAUCGGCAUCUGCAAGUUCACCGACUACUACUACUGCCCGGAGCUGCGCCAGAAGGCCUACAUGUUCAUCCUGCACAACUUCGAGGAGAUGGUCAAGGUUUCGGCCGAGUACCUGGACCUGUCCGUGACGGAGCUGCGGGACAUCAUCGAGAGGGACGAGCUCAACGUCAAACAGGAGGACGCCGUGUUCGAGGCCAUCUUGAAGUGGAUCGCCCACGACCCCCUCAACAGGAAACAGCACAUUUCCGUCUUGCUGCCCAAGGUGCGGCUGGCCCUGAUGCACGCGGAAUACUUCAUGAACAACGUCAAGAUGAACGACUACGUGAAGGACAGCGAGGAGUGCAAGCCGGUCAUCAUCAACGCCCUCAAGGCCAUGUACGACCUGAACAUGAACGGCCCCUCCAACUCGGACUUCACCAACCCGCUGUCCCGGCCGCGGCUGCCCUACGCCAUCCUGUUCGCCAUCGGCGGCUGGAGCGGCGGGAGCCCCACCAACGCCAUCGAGGCCUACGACGCGCGGGCGGACCGCUGGGUCAACGUCACCUGCGAGGAGGAGAGCCCGCGGGCCUACCACGGCGCCGCCUUCCUCAAGGGCUUCGUCUACAUCAUCGGGGGCUUCGACAGCGUCGACUACUUCAACAGCGUGAAGAGGUUCGACCCCGUCAGGAAGUCCUGGCACCAGGUGGCCCCCAUGCACUCCCGCCGCUGCUACGUCAGCGUGACCGUCCUCAGCGACUUCAUCUACGCCAUGGGCGGCUUCGACGGCUACGUGCGCCUCAACACGGCCGAGCGCUACGAGCCCGAGACCAACCAGUGGACCCUCAUCGCCCCGAUGCACGAACAGCGGAGCGACGCCAGUGCCACCACGCUCUACGGCAAGGUGUACAUCUGCGGGGGCUUCAACGGAAACGAGUGCCUGUUCACGGCCGAGGUGUACAGCACGGAGAGCAAUCAGUGGACGGUCAUCGCUCCCAUGCGCAGCAGGAGGAGCGGGAUCGGCGUGGUGGCCUACGGGGAGCACGUCUACGCGGUGGGGGGCUUCGAUGGCGCCAACCGGCUGCGGAGCGCCGAGGCCUACAGUCCCGUGGCCAACACGUGGCGCCCCAUCCCCACCAUGUUCAACCCGCGCAGCAACUUCGGCAUCGAGGUGGUGGACGACCUCCUGUUCGUGGUGGGCGGCUUCAACGGCUUCACGACCACCUUCAACGUGGAGUGCUACGACGAGAAGACCGACGAGUGGUACGACGCCCACGACAUGAGCAUCUACCGCAGCGCGCUCAGCUGCUGCGUGGUGCCGGGCCUGGCCAACGUGGGCGAGUACGCCGCCCGCCGUGACCACUUCCCGGGCCUGGCCCUGCGGGACGAGGUCAAGUUCUCUGCCUCGACGAGCACCCUGCCCGUCUGAACCCCGCCCGCCUGUCCGGUAGGGAAUAAAGAGUCUAAGCAAUAAGGGUUAAUGCUUUUUUUUCUCCAAUAAACACACUACUUGAACCUUAA